CUCUGUACCAGUUUUGGCAGCAUUCUCUCUCUCUCUCUCUCUCUUCAUUUCAUGCCUUUCUCCUCCCUCCAUUACCACACUCUUCUCUGUCCCUCGUUAGCUGAAAAAGUGAAAACCCAAAAAAGCCCCCGCCUUUGUCUCGCAUCUCUCUGUGGCUGCUCCUACCACACUACUCAAACUCAGCUCUGUUAAGCUUCACACUGUCAUAUCCAUGGAAGCCACAGCAUUCUAGCCACACCCAUCAGCUCCAAACCCAAAACCCUUUUGUUUCUGAGCCCUUUUCUGUUAAAUGUCAAAAAGGCCAUAACUUUAAGACUGUUCGAAACUCCAAGAGUCGUUUCCUCAAGAACCCAACAAAAAUGGGGUGCGCGCAAUCGAGAAUAGACAACGAAGAAUCAGUCACGCGAUGCAAGGAACGCAGAAACCUGAUGAAGGAGGCUGUGGUGUCUCGAAACGCCUUUGCUUCGGGCCAUUCCGGCUACACCAUGGCCUUGAAGAACGCCGGAGCUGCGUUAAGCGAUUACGGGCACGGUGAAACCCAACAGACCCAAGAGCUCGAAAUCCUCCAAAGCCACAAUCGGCCACUGGAUCCCACCACUGAGCCGCCUCCUCCGCCGCCGCCUCCCCUCGAGAAUCUCACCCUCCCACCGCCUCCGCCGCCUCUACCCACUUUCACUCCGAGUCCUAUCAAGAGGGCCACCAGCUUGCCGGCGAUGAGUGCUGAGGCUCGGAAAAUUGGGGGGCGGAGAGUUGGGUUGGCCAUUGCUGAAGAGGAUGAGGAGGAAGAGGACCAUGAAAAUGAUGAUGAAGAUGAGAGUCAUAAAGGGUUUCAGAGGGGAUCGAGAAAUGGGGCUUCGGAAACGACGUCGUCACCGCCGAGGACGCCGGAGAUGAAGCCGGUGCCUCCAAUGCCUGAGUCUAAGGGCAUGGCUUGGGACUACUUCUUUAUGGUGGAUAACAUGCCGGGACCUUCUUUGAGUGAGAAUGAAGGUGAGGAGUUUGGUGAAGAUGAGAAUGUGGAGGUUGGCGGUGGUGGUGGUGGUGGUGGUGGUGAUUUGGGUGAUGACGUUGAGCCAAAGACUCCGGAGAAGGUGGAGGAGAUUGAGGAGAAGGUGGAGGAGACUCCGGUGAAUCCGACAAUCGAGCAUUCGAAGACGGCGCCACCGGAGUUUAGUAGGAGAGUGGUCAAUGUGAUCCCCAGUGUGACUUUGAUGGAGAUAUUGAAUAAGAUUGAUGAUAAUUUCUUGAAGGCCUCGGAGAGUGCACAGGAGGUUUCAAAGAUGCUCGAGGCCACUCGGUUGCAUUAUCACUCGAAUUUUGCAGAUAAUCGAGGACACAUUGAUCAUUCUGCAAGGGUCAUGCGUGUUAUUACAUGGAAUAGGUCGUUCAGAGGCAUACCAGGUGAUGGGAAGGAUGAAAACUCGGAAGAUUAUGAAACUCAUGCCACUGUUUUGGACAAGUUAUUAGCAUGGGAAAAGAAACUUUAUGAUGAAGUGAAGCAAGGGGAGCUUAUGAAGGUUGAGUAUCAGAGAAAGGUUGCUCUGCUGAAUAAACAGAAGAAACGCAACGCCAGUGCUGAAACCUUAGAAAAAACAAAAGCAGCUGUAAGUCAUUUGCAUACAAGAUACAUAGUUGACAUGCAGUCCAUGGAUUCUACAGUUUCAGAAGUAAAUCAAUUACGGGAUGAGCAGCUGUACCCCAAACUUGUUUCUCUAGCUGAUGGGAUGGCAAAAAUGUGGGAAAACAUGUGCACGCAUCAUGGCAGCCAGCUGAAGAUUGUCACAGACCUAAAAUCCCUUGACAUUGCCUAUACUCCGAUGGAAACCACAAAGCACCACCAUGACCGCACCGUCCAGCUCUAUAAUGUUCUCCAAGAAUGGCUUUCACAGUUUGAUAAGCUCGUGACUCAUCAAAAACAAUACAUCCAAGCUCUUAAUAGCUGGUUGAAGCUAAAUCUCAUUCCCAUUGAAAGCAGCUUAAAAGAGAAAAUCUCAUCCCCGCCAAGAGUUCAACAUCCCCCAAUUCAAGUCCUCCUCCAUUCAUGGCAUGAUUUCCUUGAAAAGCUUCCUGAUGAACUUGCAAAAUCUGCAAUAUCGUCCUUUGCAGCUGUGAUAAAGACCAUAAUACUUCAUCAGGAGGAAGAGAUGAAGCUAAAGGAGAAGUUUGAGGAAACAAGGAAGGAGUAUCUGCGUAAAAGUCAGGCAUUCGACGACUGGUACCAAAAGUAUACGCAGAGACACGCAGAAAUGGAUCAGGAGAGAGGUGAAGAUGCAAAUCCCAAGGAUCCUGUCGCUGAGAGGAAGUUCAUUGUUGAGAGCUUGAAGAAGAAACUGGAAGAGGAAGUUGAAGCUCACCAGAGACACUGUAUCCAGGUGAGAGAGAAGUCGCUGGGGAGUCUCAAAACUCGCUUGCCCGAGAUCUUCCGUGCCAUGUCAGACUAUGCUCAUACCUGUUCCGAGUCUUAUGGAAAACUGAGGUCCCUUACGGAGCCAAAAGCUUGAAAUGCGACCCUAAUGUGUAUGAUCUGUUUUCCUAGGAAGCGGGAAGGUUUUGUACUUUUUGUAUGUGGCAAACUUGUUUCACUUGGCAAUUUAAUGUUGGUAA